CUGACAGCCAAAAAAGAGCUAAUUCUUCAUUUUGUGGACUGUCUAACUGGAGCUAUAGAGCUGUACAAGCAGCGAAUGGAAUGGGUAACCAGUGAAAGUCGGCAGAUAUUUGGAGUGAUUCUGGAAUCGUGCAUCACCAUUGUUCUGGACUUUGGCACUGUGUGUAGAACUGAAUUUGACCUGUGCCGUGAUGCGCUUUCUAUGGUCCUCUCACAGCAAGUGGCCCAGCUUGACAAGUUUAACCUCAUUCGCACUGCACAAGAUCUUGUGAAGUGGCAACAGAAAGCCGUUCCUGUGUCUGAAUAUUCUGUAGAGUCUGCUGUUAAAUGGCUCUGGAAGUUGGACCAUAUGCCAGCCAUCAGCUCCACCAGCUCCACUGAGGCUCUUUUGGAAGCCAUAAUUGAUGAGACAGUUGAAGCUGUUUAUUACUUUACUGUGGGUGAUCUUCCAAAGGACAUGAAGCAGCUACUCUUGCAGAAGGUUUCUAACAGCCCGUACCCAAUCCACACAGUAUCUUUUAAUGCAAAGGAGGAAGAAACCAUUCUUUUCCUAAAGGAGCCGAGCCAACUGACUUCUGGAAGAUUCCAUGCGUUUGCUGAGAGAACUGACUACAUAGAUAUCAUUGGACCUAUACCAAAGAGUGAAGACGAUGGAGAAAGUCUAGCCACCCAGAAUUCAAGAAAAUUGAAAGGAAAGGCGCCUUUAGUUGCUGGUGUCAGAGAAGAUGUCUUCCUGAUCUGGAAGGAGUUGGAGGAGGCCAGAAAUGCGCUGAUACAACUUCAGAAUAUUUUAUCAGAGUCUGACCAGCCUAUAUCUGGCAAAGCAACCAAAACUGAUCCUCCAGCGCCUGAGCCAAAACCUGAGGAUUAUAUAAGUUCUAAGGAGUGGUUGCAGAAGAAUGGCUUGAAAGCUCAGAAGCUGACGUUGUAUGAAGCACUUGCUGACUGUACUUUUCGGCACGCUGACGGGGUGGUUGACAUAAAAGCCAAGCCAGAGGAUGAAUCUUUACAAACUGAUGCUGAGACGAAUAAGAAAAUAAUCCACGCAAAAUACUGUGAUAAAUUUGUACACACUUACUGGAAAGAUGGGUCUGUGGUUCAUGUGUAUGUCUCUACUGAGAAGUACAGGCAGUAUGAAGAGAGAAUGAAGAAUGCUCUUGGACAAAUGGAAAGAAGGGUUAAAUGGCUCCAGCGAGGGAGCAGAGGUCUCUUUGGGAAUGUGCUUGAAGAUCACGUCUAUAUUCUCAUUGAUACAUCUCAGUCUAUGAGGGACAAACUUCCACUUGUGAAGGAGAAAAUAUUUCAGCUCAUUCAGGAACAACUGAGACACAAACGCAGCUUUAACUUUGUGAAAUUUGAUGCUCAAGCAGUAGCUUGGCAAGAUAAACUUGCUGAAGUUAAUGAAGAGAAUUUGCAAGAUGCUUGGCUUUGGAUAAAAGAACUGGAGGUUGGAAGUUCUACAAAUACACUCAAAGCACUUCAAAUUGCACUUGCUGAUAGUGACACUCAAGCCAUUUAUCUUCUGACUGAUGGGAGACCUAACCAGCCACCAAAAACAAUUCUGGCCCAAAUCCUACUUCAUCAUAAAGUUCCUAUUCAUACCAUAUCUUUCAACUGUGAUGAUACGGAGGCCAAUAAAUUUUUGCAUGAACUGUCAACUGAAACAGGGGGGAGGUUUCAUUACUAUAAUAUUUAUGUGACGGAUCCUGAAGCUCCAGAGCCUAUUGUGAGUGAAGAUAUAUACCUUUUAAAAAGAGAAAUUGAACAGGGGGAAAGCGAUCUUGAGAAAGUGCAGACCUUUCACACUGAAUGCCUGAUGAUGAAUUGGUAUAAUGGAGAAAAAGAUUGUGAAAAUAAGCAUCACAAGCAGACUCUUACUGCAUCCUCUGUAACCACACACAUUCAGGAGCUGAACACCUCUCCUAUCAGUAGGCCAUACUGUGCCUCAGAAGAGCCAUUGCUGACUUCACACCAGCGUACAGUAGAUGUAUGGCAAACUCGUUGUGACAGUCCAGUCAGAAGGAAGACAGCACUGUAUGCAGAGCAAACAAAGACUAGUCUGCUCAGGACCCUGGGCCAUCGAGUGAGGUCCUGUGAAGAAAGACCAGAUGAGAGGAUAUCUCCUGAAAGAAAGGGUUGUUUGCUCAGAAAUAGCCUGAAAUCUGCCACUAUUUUUAAAGAGGUGAAUACACAAAAGGUGGCAAAAAGAACAUCUAAAGAUUCUCUAGAUACAUCUUCAGCUCAUUGGCUAAAGACUCAUGGCUUGGUUGCUAGACGACUCACCAUAAUGGAUGCCUUAGCCCCUACAGCUGUUCCUCACAGCACUAAAUACAUCCCGGUUUUAGACAAACAUGUUGUUUCUAAAGUAUUUGAUGAGGUGUUACCCCUGGCCCAUGUUAGCAAUGACAAGAAGCGGAUCACACUAAUUAAUCCUCAGGCAGUGAAUCUUGAUGCCUAUAAAGAAAAACUGGAACAAGCAAUUAAAUCCUAUGAAAGGCGCCUAAAUCUAAUUAUUUGGAGAGCACUAUCUCGAGAGGAAAGAGACAAGUUUGAGCAGGAGGAGUCAGUCUCGUAUAUGGAACACAAGGAAGCUUUGCUACAGGCCUUAGAAAAUCUUGGUUGGCCUGUUUCUUAUGAUGAUGUGACACUUUUGGAAGAUGAGAUUCUGGCAGGGUUAACAUACAUCCAACAAGCCUCUGAUCUUCAGGAAGCUGCCAAAAAGGAGAUUCAGAGAACCUCUGUAUCGCACAUCAACCACAGUAAAAUGAAACUUACAGAAGAGAAUGUAAAGGCACAGUCUAAGAAAAGACAGAAAGGAAAAGUGUUUGAGACUCUCAAAGGCCAAAAGGUGAUUGCAAGAUCUGACGUCACAGGAUUUUAUUUUCCAGGAACUGUGAUAAAGAGUAUCAGUUCCUCCCAGGCACUUGUUGACUUCAGCCAUGGAGAGACACAGAUUGUACCAAUAAAGUUCAUUAUACCUGUCGGGGGUGCUAUGCCUUGCCCAUCACUGCAGGUUGGAGACUAUGUAUUCGCCAGAACUGGGACACAAACAGGAAAUGAUUAUUAUAUGCCUGCUGUUGUUAUAGCAACACCAAAAAGAGUUGAAGCAGAUGAUAAACUCUACACAGUUUUGAAGUACAACAAUAAGAAAAAACACUGUAUACGAAGUGGGCUUAUUAAAAUCAGCCAAACAAAGUAUGCCUGUUCCUGCCGUUAUAUAAGAAUGGCCCAUAUGGUGGAUUGCCUGCUCCCAAAUGUACAGGCUGAGAAAUCCAUCCAGAACUCAUCUCCACAAGAAGAAGAAGAAAAGGGGGAAAAAUUGAAAGAAGAUGGGGGAAAAAAGAAGAAAAAAGGGAAAUUAGAAAGCAAAAAGCAUCCCCGGGAGAAGACUUCAGACUCUGAUGAUCUUUUAUUUAUCUCCAAGAGGGAAGUGAAAAACAAAGAAAUAAAUUCACUGCCUAGUGACAAAGAGGCAACUGAAGGUUGAAGGAAGGAUGAAUCUGAGGAGAGUGGCUAUCACCUUGGCCCAUCCCGGCCAUGCCUUACCCAGAUCUGCAGAGCCUUG